AAAAAGAAAAGGAAAAGUAGUAGAGGAAUCUGUGCAUGUUGUAUUGAUAGCUGAAACUAAAUCUUUAAAGUGUUAUCCUCAGCUUACAUUAACGCUGCCACCAAAGAUUUUGUUCCUUCUUUUCAUUGUUUUCCUCCCAUAUUAUACUCCCUUUUUAAUCACCACCUUUGUUUUUCCUUUCCACUCUCUCUAUAUAUUCAAAGGAAAAGAAAAAAACAACAAUUCUUGGGGCAGAAACAAGAAGCAUUGUUCUUUGCCAUGGCAACUAAGCUUCUUUUAGCCUUUGCUAUUUGUAGAUUGAUUGUCACUGUGGGAUUGACCCUCAAACCCAAAGAAAUCCUCCACCUGGGUUUCGACUGUCAACUCAGCGUUGACCCCGCCGACGUUGAUUCGGCUUCUAAAGACUUUGGGUUGCUGACCCGAGUCAAGCCGCUCGCGGUCUUGCAUCCAUCUUCCGCUCUGGACGUGGCUCGCCUGGUCAAAGCAGCCUACGGGUCGGACCAGGGGUUCACGGUGUCGGCUAGGGGACACGGGCAUUCGAUAAACGGGCAGGCUCAGAACCCGAACGGGGUCGUUGUUCAGAUGAGUGGGAAUGGGGUUGGACCUCGGCCGAGGGUUCGGGCUGGAGACAUGUACGUCGACGUGUGGGGCGGGGAGCUUUGGAUAGAUGUAUUGAGGAGUACCUUAGAGUAUGGAUUGGCACCAAAAUCAUGGACCGAUUAUUUGUACCUUUCCGUUGGAGGGACUUUGUCAAAUGCUGGAAUUAGCGGCCAAGCUUUUAACCAUGGUCCACAAAUUAGCAAUGUCCACGAACUUGACGUUGUUACAGGGAAAGGUGAGCUGAUGACAUGCUCAGAAGAACAAAACUCAGAGCUGUUUCAUGCUGUUCUUGGCGGUUUAGGACAGUUUGGAAUUAUCAUACGAGCUAGAAUCUCUCUCGAACCAGCUCCGCAAAGGAUGAGGUGGAUAAGGGUAUUGUAUUCCAAUUUUUCUGCAUUUACAAGGGAUCAAGAAUAUCUGAUAUCAUUGAAUGGCAGCCAAAAGUUCGACUACGUUGAAGGUUUCGUCAUUGUAGACGAGGGCCUCAUCAACAACUGGAGGUCUUCGUUCUUCUCCCCUCGGAACCCUGUCAAAAUCUCCUCCCUUGGAUCUAACAACGGUGGCGUUUUGUAUUGCUUGGAAGUCACCAAGAACUAUUAUGAAUCUACUGCUGGUUCUGUUGAUCAGGAGGUAGAGGCUUUGUUGAAGAAACUAAAUUUUAUACCCACAUCAGUGUUCACAACCGAUUUGCCGUAUGUGGAUUUCUUGGACCGGGUUCACAAGUCCGAGUUGAAGCUCCGGUCCAAGGGUUUGUGGGAGGUUCCACACCCAUGGCUGAACCUUUUUGUCCCAAAAUCAAAGAUUGACGAUUUCAAUAGAGGGGUCUUCAAGGGCAUUUUGGGGAAUAAAAGGACCAGUGGGCCUAUUCUCAUCUACCCAAUGAACAAAAACAAAUGGAACGAUCGGAGCUCUGCUGUGACUCCGGAUGAGGAAGUGUUUUACCUGGUGGCGUUUCUAAGAUCGGCCUUGGAUAACGGUGAGGAGAGCCAGAGUUUGGAGUACCUGAGCAAUCAGAACCAUCAGAUUUUGAGAUUCUGUGACGAUGAUGGGAUCAAGGCGAAGCAGUAUUUACCUCAUUACGCUACACAAGAGGAGUGGAGAGAGCACUUGGGCAGUAAGUGGGAUAGGUUCCAUAAAAUGAAAAUGAAAUACGACCCGAGGCACAUUUUGGCAUCGGGCCAACAAAUUUUCACGCCCACUUUCCUCACCUCUUCGAAUACGGUUUCGUGGUGAUGACCACCACUGACGUACGACGACAAAACAAAGCUUAGAAACAGACAUUAUUUAGCUUACUGACUUAGCAAUACUCUGGUUCUUCAUGUACAUACAAAGGCCAUAUAUCAAAGAUUAGAGGGAAUUUUUGUUUUGACGGAGGGGAGGGGCCUAAGGGGCACAUGUGAUGUUAUUGUUCUCGUGAUUUGAUGAUAAAAUCUCGACAUCCCCAACAGAUUUGCCUUCUGGAUCUUGUCGGAAACUUGUUAGCUUAGCGGGUUCCUGUUCCGCCCUGCGUGGAUUGGAAAUUUGCUGUUUUUACCCUACA